UCGAACUUUUAAUCUCUCAAAAUUAAAACUUCUCAUCCCUCGAAAUGCAACCUUCAGCUCAUGUUUCUCCAACCAGGGAAACUCUCGGCAAAUUUAUGCAGCCUGCUUGCCCCUCUCGGCUGUCGCCCUGUCAACGCCUUUGGAAUCCAUCUGCGCCGCCGCUGCAACCCUACCUCCCUCUCACCCACUUUCUCCUCCAUCGCCGGCUCUAGAACAGGUUGCUAUUGUCCGCGAUAACAAUCUUAGUGACGCGUGGAUGACAAGUUUAAUUGACACGCACCGUAGUUUUCUGACAAAAAACACUCUUAAGCACAAAAUUGUCAUGCUUGAUAACUAAAUUUGUCAUCCUUACAUCACUAAUAUUGUCAUAAAAAGCGGUUCGAUUUGCUAUGGUUAAAUUUCGGACGUUCAGGAUAAGUAGACGAUAAAGUAUAAGACGAGGAUAUGAUUCGGAGGGAUAACAAAACAUAAUCCAAAUCACCUGUUUUUUUUUUGAAUGUUGAAUUCCAAAUCACUAGUUGGUGCACAGCGGAAGAACAGUCGUUGAUUUCUCUGCAGUGACGAAGGAAACACCGAAACAGAACACAGAAAUCCCGAUCCCCGCCGCCAAAGGCCCCAACCACGAUGGUGCCAGGAACGGCGCCCAGGCCGGCGGCACCGAUGCCCGCGCAGCCGAAGAAGCCUCCGCACAUGCUCGUGCUCGGCACCGGCUUCGUCGGCCGCUACGUCUCGGAGCGCCUCCUGGCACAGGGAUGGCGGGUGUCCGGGACGUGCACCAGUGCCGGCAAGAAGAUGGAGCUCGAGUUGCUGGGUAUGACUGCUUCCGUCUUCGAUGCCACAACAAGCAACCUUGCAAAUCUUCAUGCUUUGCAAGAUGCAACCCAUUUGCUCAUCUCCAUUCCUCCCAUCCCUGGGGUUGGUGAUCCUUUGCUUUCCUCACAUGCUGACCUGCAAACAACACUGACUAGUGGGUGGUGGACUGGACGGCGCCCUCUCCGCGCUCCUCCCACUCCGCCCAGAGCGGUCUGCCGUCGUCCGGCUCCGACGACGAUGACUCUCCCUUCCCGAUGGUGGCCCCUGCGUCUUGGACGAUGGGGGUUGAGGACGGCCAGAGGAGCGACCGCAUGCAUCGCCUGGCUCGUGCCCCUGUUGCCAGCCUGGGUUGCCGGGGUGGACCUCGGGACGGCCGCUCGAGAGACCGCGACGACGAGGGAGGGCCGGGUGCAGGCGGACACAGGUCCUGGAAGGACGUCCUCCUUCGCCGCGGCGCCUCGCGUGCUCCACCUCGCGCUACGCCUUCGCAGCGCCGUCGCAGCCUAUCCCCGCCGGCCAGGCGCGGAUCGAGGGAGUCCUCGGGCCGUCGCUCGGGGGCUGGGAGGGCCACUGCGUCAGCUAGACGCCAGUCGAGGCCACACCUUGAGAGCUCCACUCCUGCAGGGGCUCCCAAGGCCACGGGCUCCGCCGCUGCGGCCACCCAGCUCGCCCCUGUUGCGAGGAACAGCACCAGCGGGAAAGACCCGGUCGAGGAGUUUUUCAGGACGGCCAAGAAGCCCACCAUAGCCUCCGUCAUCGUCGAUGGCCUGGCAGCCGGCGUCCACAUCGCCGCAGAGGCGGCAGUGGCGGCCCCCCUUGAGUUCGUAGAUGCCAAUCUGCUCCA